AUGUCAUAUCCCCAGACCAAGCAAAAUUCUAUCAGGGUUUACAAAAAACGAGCCAGAUACGACUACGAGACUGUGCACGGAAUAUUUGAGGACUCCUACGUAGUCCAUGUCGCAUUUCAACGGCCCGGAGAUGGUCAACUGGAAAACCAGCCUAUGGUGAGUGCAAUGGGGUAUUAUCUCGAAGAACCGUGCCUUUAUAUACACGGAAACGCAGCUUCGAUGUUGGCAAAGGGUACGAAAGAGGAGGCAGCUCUGCCAGUGUGUGUUACAGCCAGUCACGUUGAUGGCAUAAUUUUCACCUAUACACCCAAUGGCCAUGCAUUGAACUAUCGUUCGGCUGUGAUACAUGGAAACGCACAACUGGUGAAGGAUGCAGAUGAGAAGGAUUAUGCCUUGAAACAAAUGUUCGACCAGAUGUUACCAGGCAGGUGGGAUAAUUCUGCGCCGGUUGAUCCAAAUGCCGUCAAACACGUGCAUGUCUUCAGGGUGACGAUUGAGUCUGCCAGCGCAAAAGUCAGGACUGGUAUGGGUGAUUUGGGAACUCCAGUUCCUGGAGUGUUUGCCGGAAGCAUUCCAUAUUUUGGUAGUUUGGGAGAGCCCGUUGCCGCCACUCCAGAUAUGGAAAUUCCCAGUCAUAUAUCAGAUCUGGUUGAGACCAGAUCCCGCAAGUGGAAGGAGUAUGCAGAGAAAGUUUCGCAUGAUUGA